UAAUCAAAGGCUGAAAAAGUCCAUUCCAGAGUACAAUGCGGUCGAGGAUGACGAAGUAUCAGAAUUUAUGUAAUGUAGACAUUUCUAGUUCCCGGCCAUUAGAUAACUUGGUUAAACAGCAAAACGAUAAGCAGCCAGGGAGUGAAAACAAUGCGUGUACGUUGCGUGCAUUGUCUCGUGAACUCUGAAAGCGACAAGGCAGUGGGACCUAAAUUGGAGCCAUCGUGUAUCUCGGAAUUCCGUGUUACAAAAUGUUUUUCAAGGACUUCGAAUCGGAGUCCCUUUCCCGAUCGGCCGAACUUCCAAUAUCGCUUUCCUGGGAAAAUCUUACCGUUCACGUGGGACACAAGCGCGAUUUUUUUAUCAAAAGUAUCGCCAAGAAGGUUUUUGGAGUUUCCACCCUCGAUGACGGAUCGAUCAAGAUACUUGACUCAGUCACUGGCCAUGCGGACUGUGGCAGUUUGGUGGCGAUCAUGGGUCCCAGCGGUGCAGGUAAAACGACGCUAUUGGCCGCACUGGCGAGAAAAAUUGAGCUGUCUUCCGGAUGCAUCAGACUCAAUGGAUGCACCGUGUCGAGAGACUUGAUGACCGAGAUAGCAGGCUUCGUACCACAAUUCUACGCUUUGCCAGCUGCACUGACAGUAAUGGAAUAUAUGAUAUUCACGUGCGCGUUGAGGCUGGAAAAAGGAAUAUCGGCGAAGGAUAGAAACACUUUGGCAGUGAACAUCCUCACGGAGCUUGGAAUUCUGAAGCAUAGAGACAGUUUCAUCUCGAAAUUGUCAGGUGGUGAGGUGAAGAGGCUGUCGCUAGCAGUCGAAAUGGUUACGAAACCGAAGAUACUUUUCCUGGAUGAGCCCACAACUGGUUUGGAUACGUGGACAGCGAUGCGAGUAAUUGAAUCAGCAAAGGCUGCGACCAGAACAGGAACAAUCGUCUUCUGCUCAGUUCACCAGCCUGCGAUGGAUCUCUACAAAAUGUUCAGUCACGUUGUAUAUUUGGCUAAUGGAAGAACAGCUUACUACGGAACAUUGGUAAAUGCAAGGAAAUUCUUUAACAGCGAAGGAUUUCAUUGCCCGGAAUCGUUCAACGAGGCAGAAUUUUACGUCAAGACUGUGUCAAAUACAAAUCUGGUCGAUUCCUUGAAUGCUACAGAUUUGUUACUCAUGUCUGAACGUCCAGCAAAGAUUUGCAGCUCCUUUACUCGUUCAACGUACUACAAACAACCAGAAUCCCCAACGGAGAAUGGUUUAAUAGAAUUCAAGUCUCAAACGCUCAAACCAAAUCGGUUGGUACAAUUUUACUGGCUUAUGUGGAGAAUAUCAGUGAGGAUGCGAAGAACAGUGUCGGAAGAGGCGAGCCAUUAUUAUCCCUUUUUGGUAUCGUCGAUACUCAUCAGUGCCUUUUACUUCGGCGUAAAUUCGCACACACAGGCUGGUGUUCAGGGUAUGCGGGGUGCCUUGUACCUCAUUAGUGCUGAGAUCAUCUUUUCGUCAACUUAUUCCAUUGCCUACGUACUGCCGGAGCAAAUCCCCCUUUACUUACAGGAGAAUUCAAUGUACACGCCGGCAGUUUAUUACAUCACAACUGUUAUCAGCUGGAUUCCUAAGACAGCUUGCCACUGUAUUGUUUUCUUUUUAAUAAUGCUCGUUUCUCUGGAUAUGGAUACCGACUUCUUUGUUCUCAUACAAUUCGUUUUCUGCAUCAUAUUGGCUGCAAUAACGAGCUCAGCUUACGGCGCAAUGAUGUCAAGCUGGAUCGAGAACCCCGAUAUUAUGAUGGGCGUUAUGGUGCCGAUCGACCUAAUUGGCUAUCUGAUGUCUGGAGUUUACUACAAUCUCAGAGCUAUGCCCGCAUACCUGUCAUGGGUGAAAUACUUUUCGAUUUUUUACUACGCGAACGAAGCCCUGGCAAUCAUCCAUUGGACAACCGUAGAUUUUAUUGAGUGUUACCCGGACAAAGACUUGCCAUGUUAUAAAAAUGGACGUGAAGUUUUGGCUGAAUCUGGAUACGACGAAGGUAAUUUAAGGACAGACGUAUGCGGCCUUCUGCUGCUUACCUUCAGUAUGCACUUUGUAGGAUAUCUCGGAGUGAGAAGGCUCAGAAUUGUAAGAGCGAUGUACUAAUGCAGGUAUAAAAUUUUACUGUAUAACCAGAAUGAUAUCGCGUAUGAGUAUUGAUGAAUCCCAAACUUGAUCCCUCGUUUAUUUCGUAUUAUACAACGCAUCUCACUGUGAAAGUAUUUUACUAAUUUUUUCACUAAA